AGAUCCAUGCCUUGCUCCCUGUAAAAAGUCCUAACUGUAAAUUAUCUGUCGAAACACUUGUCUCAUCUCGCUGCUACUCCACCUCGCCAACUUCCUCAAGGAUGGAGAAGAUUUUUGCUGAGGUGCAGAAGAGGCCUUUCAGCAUGAAGAAGCUUCCCAAGGAGAGCAUCAAGAACGUGUGGAACAGCCUCAGUCAAGUCCUCUGCAACACUCUGCGGUCAGGAAAGGGGUUGGCGCUGGCGAAUUUUGGGGUUUGGAGUUUUCAUGUUGAUCCGUUAGAUCUUGGAACCCAGAAGAAGACUCUUCGCACUCCUGUCUUCACCCUCUCCGAGAAGUUCGCGCGGCAGUACAACUUGAGAUUCUCCCGGAGACCCUCGAGCAUCAGCGGCUCCAUCCCCGUCCGCGAUCUGAACCUCGUCGCUAUUGCUAACAUGGCGGGAGAGUCCCGAGACACUGUCAGUGACGUGCUCAAGGAUAUUGUCAUGUACGCGGGGGAAGCUGCCAUGUCCGGGGGGUCCAUCCGGCUGGAGUUCUACGGGGUGGGGUCGUGGACGUGCCAGGGAGGAAGCAGCAGAUUCGUUUUCUCCCCGCAGUUCGACGGGAUCUUCGAGAGUCAUGACCGUCCUCGCACGACCCACGGAGUUCUCCCUCCCUCCCCCUCCGUCUUCGCUCGCUCUCGUCCUCGCUCCUCCCGCUGGAUUCCCCCGACGCCUCCCCGAUCUCGUCCGCACAGCUCCGGCGCACUGCAAGAGCAGCAGGCGAUCCUCAGCCCCUCCUCAGACCGUCGCAAGGCCACACCAAGCAGGGAGGAGCUGCAGGAGCAGGCGAACUUCCCCUCGCGCCCGUUUUCCAACCAGAGCGCGAGGAGCGCGAGGAGCGUCGAGCGAGACCUGGUGGCAACUCCGAGCAGCGGCAAGAGACUGAGAAUCUCGCAGCGGGGGGAGGAGGGGGAGGGCGUGCGGGUGGUGCGGGUAGAGGAGCAGGGGCUGAAGGCGGAAGAGCUGGAGAUAGUGAUCCGGAACGGGGAGCUGCUAGUGCUGCAGGAGAGCAUCGGGUUGCAUCGAAACUUCCCACUGAGCAGCAGGGCUGAUGUGGAGAAGAUCGAGGCAGCGAUCAGGCAGAGGACGCUGGAAGUUCGGAUCCCCGACAAGACGCAGGGCCUCCGGUCGUUCUACGACAGUCAGAUUAGAGAGAGGGACGGGAUCAAGAAGCUGGAGGAGGAGGUGGACACCCUCCUGCUGGAGCAGACGAAGAAGAGGAACGAGGCAGCGCUGGAGAGCGAGAAGGAGAUGCAGGACGCCAGGAGGAGGGCGAGGAAGGAGAUUGAAGACUUCAACCGCAAGCUCAUCACUCAGAAGCAGCAGAGGAGGAACGUCUUCGAGCCCGAGUCCUGCGGCUUCCUCCUCUACAACCGCACCGAGGCCAAGAGCAAGUCCCUCCCUCCCCAAGUCCUCCGUUCGCUCCUCGACGCUCAGGUGAGGGACAAGAAGCAGCUGGUGGAGCAGACGAAGGAGGCGGAGAGGGAGCAGGUGAUGCGCGAGACGGAAGAGCUGAGGAUCUCGCUGGAGGAGGAGGAGAGGAAGGCGAGGGAGGAGAAGCGGAACGCGCAGCUGGCAAGGAGGGAGGAGCUCAGGCAGCAGGUCGAGACGCUGCAGCCCCGCCUGCCAGGAGCCUUCUCGGCGCUGUGCAACUUCCCGAGGAGGGACGAGGAGGCUCAGCUGCGGGAGCUCAAGAAGAAGGAGGUGAAGAAAGUCUACGACGAGGUCCUGGAGAUGGUCAACACCCGCGAGAUGCAGAGCAUGCAGCUCAAGAAGACGCAGAACUUGCAGGAGAUGGAGGAGAUGGAGGAGAUCAAGCAGUCCAUCGAGGAGGAGCAGGAGGAGAAGCGCAAGUUCGAUAUCACGCAGAAGCUCACCAACAGAGAGACAUGGCGGAAACAGAUUAACGACAAGCGCGAGAAGGUCCGGUCGCAGCUCGUUCAGGGUCAAUACGCCACGAGUUUGCCGGUGGGCGAGGCUGAGCUGGGGCUGACGCGAUCGAUCCGACCGGAGGUGGUGGCGGCAUGAGGAGGGUGCACCCCUACUGGGAGGUCGAACCACCCCCCUUCUCCUCCACCAGCAAGAUUGAUUGAGUCUCUCUCUUGCUCCAGCUGUCCAUGAGCUGGAGAUGCUCCAGUUGACUGCCAGCUGCUUGUCAUUCUGUUGCUUGUUAGUAGACACAAGUUACCUGAG